AUGCCCUGCAAAGCGCUCGCCGUCUGCCUCCUGGGGCUCCUGGCUCUCUCCUCCGCUUGCUACAUCCAGAACUGCCCCAUCGGGGGAAAACGCGCCGUCCUGGACAUGGACAUCAGGAAGUGCAUGCCCUGCGGUCCCAGGAACAAGGGCCACUGCUUCGGUCCCAACAUCUGCUGCGGAGAAGAGCUGGGCUGUUACAUCGGCACCUCCGAAACCCUGCGGUGCCAGGAGGAAAACUUCUUGCCGACACCCUGCGAGUCGGGACACAAACCCUGCGGCGGCAGCGGAGGGAGCUGUGCGGCCCCCGGCAUCUGCUGCAGCAGCGACCACCCGGGAGAGAAGAACCUGCAGGAUCCCUUAUCUAUCAAGCUGUACCAGCCCCACAUCAGGCUGAGAACAGACAAGCCAAGCCACACCAACAGAUGUGCAAAGGAGGGUUUAAAGUGUGAACAGGAACGACGGGUCCCUCCACCACAGCAGAAACCAGAGGAACAACAAAUUCUUUCCCCCAACAACAAAAAGCGGAGGGUCAGCGUUUCCUACAAAGCCACUCAGACCUCGUUUUCUUUCAAAAGCAUCUAG